AUGGUCAGCCGGGAAUGUGCCUCAGGCCGCAUGGGUCGGGCAGAGAUAACAAGGCUCCAGCCUGCAAGCCGGAGUCCGACCGGAGACGUGUGUAGUCCAGGAGUGCAGGUGCUGCACCUGUACUGUGACACCUGCUCAGUGCCCAUCUGUCGUGAGUGCACGAUGGGCCGGCACGGCGGCCACAGCUUCAUCUACCUCCAGGAGGCGCUGCAGGACUCCAGGGCACUUACCAUCCAGCUGCUGGCCGACGCACAGCAGGGCCGCCAGGCCAUCCAGCUGAGCAUCGAGCAGGCCCAGACGGUGGCAGAACAGGUGGAGAUGAAGGCCAAGGUGGUACAGUCGGAGGUCAAAGCCGUGACUGCGCGGCACAAGAAGGCCCUGGAGGAACGGGAGUGUGAGCUGCUGUGGAAGGUGGAGAAGAUCCGCCAGGUGAAAGCCAAGUCCCUGUACCUGCAGGUAGAGAAGCUGCGACAGAGCCUCAACAAGCUGGAGAGCACCAUCAGCGCUGUGCAGCAGGUCCUGGAGGAGGGGCGGGCGCUGGACGUCCUGCUGGCCCGGGACCGCAUGCUGGCCCAGGUGCAGGAGCUGAAGACCGUGCGCGGCUUCCUGCAGCCCCAGGAGGACGACCGGGUCAUGUUCACGCCCCCGGACCAGGCCCUGUACCUGGCCAUCAAGUCCUUCGGCUUCGUCAGCAGCGGGGCCUUCGCGCCGCUCACCAAGGCCACGGGCGACGGCCUCAAGAGGGCGCUCCAGGGCAAGGUGGCCUCCUUCACCGUCGUCGGCUACGACCACGACGGGGAGCCCCGCCUCUCGGGGGGCGACCUGAUGUCGGCGGUGGUCCUGGGCCCCGACGGCAACCUGUUCGGUGCCGAGGUGAGCGACCAGCAGAACGGGACGUACGUGGUGAGCUACCGGCCGCAGCUGGAGGGCGAGCACCUCGUGUCGGUCACCACGUGCAACCAGCACAUCGAGAACAGCCCCUUCAAGGUGGUGGUCAAGUCGGGCCGCAGCUACGUGGGCAUCGGGCUCCCGGGCCUGAGCUUCGGCAGCGAGGGCGACGGCGACGGCAAGCUGUGCCGCCCCUGGGGCGUGAGCGUGGACAAGGAGGGCUACAUCGUCGUGGCCGACCGCAGCAACAACCGCAUCCAGGUGUUCAAGCCGUGCGGGGCCUUCCACCACAAGUUCGGCACCCUGGGCUCCCGGCCCGGGCAGUUCGACCGGCCGGCCGGUGUGGCCUGCGACGCCUCCCGCAGGAUCGUGGUGGCCGACAAGGACAAUCAUCGCAUUCAGGUCUUCACGUUCGAGGGCCAGUUCCUGCUCAAGUUCGGCGAGAAGGGAACCAAAAACGGGCAGUUCAACUACCCUUGGGACGUGGCGGUGAACGCGGAGGGCAAGAUCCUGGUCUCGGACACCCGGAACCACCGCAUCCAGCUGUUCGGGCCCGACGGCGUCUUCCUGAAUAAGUACGGCUUCGAGGGGGCUCUCUGGAAGCACUUUGACUCCCCCCGGGGCGUGGCCUUCAACCACGAGGGCCACUUGGUGGUGACCGACUUCAACAACCACCGGCUCCUGGUCAUCCACCCCGACUGCCAGUCCGCGCGCUUCCUGGGCUCCGAGGGCACUGGCAACGGGCAGUUCCUGCGCCCGCAGGGUGUGGCCGUGGACCAGGAGGGGCGCAUCAUCGUGGCCGACUCCAGGAACCACCGGGUGCAGAUGUUCGAGUCCAACGGCAGCUUCCUGUGCAAGUUUGGCGCCCAGGGCAGCGGCUUCGGGCAGAUGGACCGCCCCUCCGGCAUCGCCGUCACCCCCGACGGGAUGAUCGUGGUGGUGGACUUCGGCAACAAUCGGAUCCUCAUCUUCUGAUCCCGCUCUCUGGGCUUCUGUGUUGGGGUGCGCGCGUCUCCCUCUGUCUCCGUUGGAAUUUCAAAGAAGAAACAGUCUCAGGGAAAUUUCUUUUUUUCUUUUGUUGAAAGAGAACAAGAAGAGUACAACAUUGCUUAAGUCCUACCUCAUCUUUAUUUUUUUUACAGAUGAAUGUACUUCUCUUUUCUGCAGGGAUUGAGCCUGUGACGUGAUAAUUUCUAUCUACCUCAUGAAUCUUUGCAUUUCCUUCCCCAGCAGGCCCUCUGCCCUCCUCCCCACCCUCACUCAGUGGAGUUCACGUUUCCCUCUGACCCUCCGUGGGGCGUGAUAUGCACAAGCCUGGCGUCUCUGUGGCUGGGUGGGGGGCACUGGAUGUGUGUGGUGGGGGUGUAUUCUGUAGAUUGAGCCAAGGAAACAUGAAAAAACUAAGUAAAAAAAAAAAAAAAAAAAAGAAAAACUAUAAAACGUGGAAAAAUAAGAUUUAAAAACGCUUAAUUAUAGAGUAUUUGUGUUCUGGAGAAUACUGUGUUUUGGGGAUUAGAUUGUGUUGUGUGAUCUUGAUCUUUUUGGGGAACUUUUUUUUUGAUUUUUUUGUUGUUUUUUUUUUUAAAUGCUGCAACAGAGAACUUUUCUGUGUUCUCCUUUUAUACCUCAGUGUGUUUUGUUUAUCAUCCUGUUCAGCAUCUUUUCUUAUUCCUAGAAAAUGUGGCUGUGUCUGUGGCUUGCUAGCCAAGAAAAGCAGACUGUCGUAUUCAUAUUUUAGGAUAUGUGAUCCUUGUUUCCUUUAAGGGACGUUGGGUACACCUGCGUGUUUGUGGGUCCGAGUCAUCUUACACCAGAAUAGUAAAGCUGCGGGUGACAUACCACCACCCGAAGAAACUUUUCUUCUCACGCUUUGGUUUCUAAAAAAUAGAUGUAGCUUAGGAUUUUGGAUUAAAAGUAUUCUCAAAAGUUAAGUACUCUUAGUUUGCUGUUGGUUAUCAAGUUCAGUGGAAGGAAGAAGAAAAUCAACCCCGUUCUCAGAAAAGAGGGUAUCCGGCCUGCCGGACCGGCUGGCUUGUGUGCGGGCGGGCAGGCGAGUGCCGAGGUAGUCCACGUAGAGCAUGAGAAAGAAACAGGCUACCCCGGCACUCUGAGGGAGGGUGGAGGUCAGUCCCCGACCCCGGCUUGAAUGUCGUUCUGUUAAUGCUAGGUGUUUCUUUUCCUAAGAAGAGUAGGCAAAGAAACGACCUUUUACUUUAAAAGCACAAUUUUUUUCCUGCUUUGGAAGUUCAGGGAAAUAGAAUGUUUGAAAGUCAGACGGGAACAGCUCACCCCCGCACCCUCUGCCCGGGUCGCUUUUGCAGAGCGGUCUGCUUCCGAGCCACGCAGUAGGACCUCGUGGUUCACGUGGAUUUCCCCCCCCCCCAAAGGCCUUUGAAUGUAAAGGAUUUGUAAACCAAAUUGCCCCAACCCAACAUGUAGGAUGUAAUGCCUUUUGUGAAACCUCUCUCUUGGUACCAAAGAAUGAACACUUAAGCCAGGCUCCCGCUGCAGAACUGUGGGAUGGCGUCCGUCACUUUACAGGGUUGGAUUGUGGUCAGCCGGACUCGGGUACAGAGCCUUGUGCGUCUGGGCGUUAUCUGUCUUUCAGGUGGGAAGUGUAGGUAUAGCUGACGUUCUGCUUGUGAGGACCUACGUGGGCCCCUGCAUUCCCCCAAAUACUGAGUAGGAACCGAAUUCCAGAGUGGCGCACCUCGGGAGGAAGAGGUGGUCUCUGACGAUGGGCUUACGGGGGACACCUCUUGUCGAAACAGAAGGACUGACGGGUCAGUGUCUGUCCCUGUAUGUACGAGAAAAUUACCCUUGCAAUAUGGACGUAGUUCUAAACGAACAGGAAGAGCUAACAUGUGCAGAAAUGUGUUUUCUUCCUCCCGGAGGAAGAAAGGGUGCCGGGGGCAGCGUAGCGAGCCAAUCAUUGGUCUCCUGGACAUGUGCCACUUUCAGGGGACCCUAGGUCUUCCCCGUCGUGUUAGAGCAGGGUUUCUGAAUGACCAAUGUGGGGAAAAACUCAUGAAGGAGAACCGCAUGCAAUAAAGGAUCCAAAAAUUGGAAAGUAGCUUCCAACUGCUACCUCCCGGCUGCUGUGUUUCAGGGGGAGGAGGCGUCAGGAAAUCCUGUUUUGGAAAACCGCCUUUUACUGAAGCAUUUGGUAUUGAGUCCUUCCCUAGUUCCUAUUCAGUUGCCUCUUAUUUGCCCCUAGGUUCUAAGUUCUUUGGUAAAGCGUUUGUAUAAUUAAACAUUUUUGUUUUUUAUUUUGGAAUAACUUGGUGCUGACCUUCCUCCCUUCGCCCUCUCCCCCCAGCCACCCAACAAACCACCCUUUAAACACCAAAGACAACUGGUUUUAAAUGCUUACGAAACUUUAUUUUGAAGAAAUGGGUCUUGGAAAUUCUUAGAAAUGUUCUCGGAAACCUGGGAUGAGUUACUUCAGGUAGUCACUACCUUUGAGUCUCCCAUCUGUGUUCUGAUCUGCCCUUCCCGGGGCCCCCGUAAGUGGGGGGCUCGCGGGACCCGAGUGAGAACUUCUCUUGGUGAGUGGCGGUAACGUGAAACUGCUAAGUUAGCAUUUCUCUGUGGAUUUGGUUGUAAAGCCAGGGUUUCCACACGGGACCGAAAUGAUCGGGUCUUAGUUAAUAGACUGACCAGUUUGCAGGCUCAAAGCUAGUAGGUCCCCCUCCGGAAUCAGUGUGGAGGUACGAGGUGCUGCCUCUUGCCCUCGGGGGCGGGACACCUCCUUACCUUCCUGCACCCCGAACUGGGCGUCGCUGCCAUUUGAGAAGCAUGGUCACACUUGGGAAGCUUUUGUUUCUAAAACACUGGCCGUCUGUGGCUGCCCAUGAUUGACUCCUGACCCACAGGGAUCGGUGCGAAGCACUUUGGAGUGUGUUUGUUGUACAAGGUGGAAUGCUCCAAAUCAAAGAGCGAGGAGAAGAGCCAACAUUUGGGACUCUGGUGUGAGUGAGGCCGCUCAAAAGAAGGGUUUUUUAACUGGAUGUCUCCUGCCCGUUUAUGAGGUGAUGCUAGGGUAGGUAGGAAUUGGGUCGAGGAGAGGAGUCUUGAACUUGAACAUGGUGAAAAGAUAAGGUCGUGGGUGCUGCGAAGGAGGAAGGAGUAUAAACUGUUUCUAAUGAGUAAAUGUGCUGUUCAGACAAUAAUCCCCGUGUUUGUCUGAUCUGGUCAGGUGGCAGGGUGGCAUGGGGCGCAAGGUCGGUUUAUGCUUGGACAAGAUCCCAAUUGCAUUUGGGUAUGUAAGUUUGGGUAUCGAGAUGGCUAAAUAAACCGUGGAUAAAAACCACUUUUGGUUGACAGAGUUGACAUUUCAGAAGUGUUAGUCUUUAAAAAAAAAAAAAAAAAAAGUCUUCUCUCUGUAAACUUGGUCACGAGAAGCAGUGCUGUCUGGGAAACCUGUGCUCUAGUGUGGCCGGCAGGUGGCAGGUGAUUUCGCUGGAGCCCGUGGUCCCCGGUGGUCCCCAAGUGCACGCGAGCUCCUUGAUUGACGGAUGCCCUUAAGUCUAACUUAUUUGGGGGAAACACCUACAAGGGUACCAUAAACAAUCUAAAUUGUGUGUUGGGCCAAAAGAGUCGCCAGAUUUGAGGCACUUUGAUGGAGUUCUGAGAGAAUGGCUUGAGAUCGGCUCGUCCGGUUUCGUUCUAGUUAAGCCAAAGCUUAAUGAUUUCAGGAGGGAAGUCUUUUUAGGCUUGAAGCAGCAGAAUACUGUUUGUGUAUGUGUUGUCUUCCCUUUUGGAAGAUUCUACAAUUGUUGUGUUCUGGUAGAUAGCGAAAGAUACGCCAAAGUUCUACGCUUGUUUUUCUGUUUCAAAACAAAAAUCCAGUGGUGCCAAAAAGUACUUAGGGUAUUUAUUGAAAACAUCACUCUCCUUGAUCUUCCCACAGUCUGGGGCUGUAUAAAAGUCAAACGCUUGUGCUCCGUGUGAGGAUGCCCUAAAGCCAGGCCCUCCUGGAACUCGAGCUCUCUCUGGCUUCCUGCAGGCCAACGGCACGGGACGCACAUCCCCUUCCACACCACACCAUUUGCUCGUGUUUAGUUUCUACCUCACUGUUGGCGAAAGUCAUCUACCUCAUGUUCGCAUCUAACGGGUCUCUGAAAGGCAUAGUAUUAGUCCCUGGGAGGGUGGGGGGAGGGGGAGGCGGUGGGAAGCUGCCUCUGGAAGAAAACGUUUUUCUGAAUCCAGAACUGAUUUCUCCCAGGAGAAACGUUUGAUUGACCUUGAAAAAGAAACUUUGAACCCAGAUAUUCCCGUGCUCAGGCCAACGUAGUCCUCAAUCCCAACCAAGUAUUACUUACGAUCUGGCCUCUCCACCCCAGUAGAAAGUACGCACGCCAUCACCUGGUCGCUCAGUAUUAUGAAGCUACUGGUCCGCCUGACCUGUGUGAGAACCUAACUGCAAAUAAAGACCUUUAGGUCUCUUUCUCUCUUCAAGAGAAAACUAUUUUAUCUCUAGUUUGAAUGUCUGCAAAUGGACCCUUUUAGGAGCAGUUCUAAGGAUCUAGUUGUUGCAAACCUCAAAUGUUCGAAGGGAACGGGAAUCCUUUAGCCUUCAUGAUUGUAUGUGUACCUUUUCUGGACCCAGCAGGGUGUUCAUCACCAUGACCUUGCGGCGGCCACUGCUUUACUGAACAGUGACUGGGUGAAGUGUGUGUUGCUCUUUUGUUUUGUGUCUAAUUGUUUUUUUCCCUACCAAAGGUAACAUGUUGACGGGUUGUUCUUUCCUUUGUUCUUUUUUUUGUUUAUUAAAUACUUGAUGAAGUCGAAGCACACUACCAUGAUAUGCUGUGUUGUGUCUCCACCUCUCUCCUGCCCCUAGUCCAUUUGUGUUUUGGUUGGAAGAGAGGGUCCUAAGACCACUGUGAUUGCUACGAAUUGGGUUUAAAAAUGUCACGGUGAAGAAAUACCUCAGUGAUGUCUGUUUUUAAAACCGAUCUUACGGGUUCACAAGCCAGCCUGGUGGGAUGUUUUCCAUCAUCACUUAACCAGUAAUGGUUCUAAAAGUUUUGUGUAUCCACACGGUCUUAGACCUCCUUUUAAUGAUUGUAUUAACUCCCAAGCUCAGGUAGUAUUUUCCUUAAGGCUCUGUCUCGGAGCACACUGACUGAAUGUUAACGUGUGUAGCAAAGCGUUUACUUUCUUUAAAUAACCGGCUCUGUCUCAGUCCUUUAUGUGUCUAGCAGUCUGUGUAGUUGGUUUUCUUCAGAGGAAGGUUUUUCACGUUUCUGGGAUGUUCUUGUUUCUAGGGUGGUAAGGUUGCUUUCCUCCCCCCGGCCCCCCCAUUCUUUUCCCUUAAAAUCAAUGCAGGUGAGAGGGUGGGCGGUGGGUACGGGACGUUGCUUUUAAACUAGCAUGUUAGUUAUA